AUGAGGGCCGAAGAUGCCCCGUAUUCCGUGAAACACUGCAAUCAGUGUCUUUCCCUCAGGGAAUUCGUGGAGAAGAAGGAAGAACUUCAUGGCAUCCUAGAUGCCUCGAAGAAGGCCUCACUCGCGCAGAGUGAACUGCAGCCGAAAGCCCUGAUAAAAACCCAUGACAAGUUAGAAACUAUCAAAGAGUUCAAGACGGGGUUGAGGCGCUAUCUCUACAAACUACAAAAAGUAUCGGACCGAGAAAAUCGGCCGAACUAUCCUAUGCCGCCGGCUCACGAGAGACAACUUUAUGGUAGAGGAUUCCCCACACUGCCACGCGAAGCGAGGAAUUUAAACCCGCAUCCUGACCGUGAAUUCCAUGAAGAGAUGCUAAAUAACAUGCUUGUAAGUUUUAAUAUUGUUUCCUUUUGA